AUGUACGGAGACCAGGGAAAUAAACUCGUUCUUCACGCGAAGAGAACGCAAAACCUCGCGCAUCUUCCCCCGUACCAGACCGAACUUGUCCGCGCCGUAACGCGCGAAAUACGAGACCUCGACGAAGAUGUCACGGCUAUCAUGGAACCGUUUCAGGGGUCCUUUGUCCCGGCGGAGAACCCAGCAACGGCAUGCACGCUAUUAGUGAACUAUAUGGCUAUGAGGAGAAAUAAGCGGUGUCUACUGGCGUAUCACCGGACGAGGACAGACAAGCUAGAGGAGCUCGUGUGGAAAGGCUACGACGUCGUGGACCUCUCCGGACAGCAAGUGAGAGACAAACUAGGAACUGCGGGGGGGAGUGGAAGCGGAGGUGCAGGUCCUACCGGAGGUGAGGGGAGCAAGAGCAGUCUGAGCCCGCCGGAGGAGGAAUAUGUGAGGGAGUAUGGGGAUUUGUUGGCGGCAUACAAGGGCCAGUGGACAGACAUUGAUCUUACAGGCAGCUUGGAGCCGCCGAGGGAUUUGUUCGUGGAUGUGAGGGUGUUAAAGGACGCCGGAACAAUAGAAACGGAGUAUGGGCCGAUUACCCUGACAAAGAACAGCCAGUUAAACGUGCGGCAUGGCGACGUUGAGCGGUUGAUUGCGCAAGGAUACUUGCAGAAACUUGGCUGA